AAAUUGGAAAAUGAAUUGGAGAAAGUUACGCAAAAUUCAUCAUUUAAGGAUGGGUUAAUUUUCUGUCUCAGGUCUAGGGUAAGAAAUCUGGAAGAUGAACUAGAUCAGAUCAUUUCACAAUCGCAUCAGUUUAUUAAUAAUUUAAAAAUAGGUAGUGUAGAAGUAGAUACAGUUUCAUCAUCUAAUGAUUAUGCUUUAGUGCCUUUGGCUAAGCGAGAUGAAGCAGUAGAAGAG